AUGGCGACUCUCAAGGUUUCUUCUUCUGUUCCUUCUCCUCUUGAAGACGCUGAUCAAUUGCGAACCCCCUUCGAAGGGUGGGGCACCAACGAGGACUUGAUAAUAUCAAUCUUGGCUCAUAGGAGUGUUGAACAGAGGAAGCUGAUCAGGCAAGCUGGUACUUCUGAAGAAUCCACCAACUCGGAAAUCCUCAAGGAGCUUUUUCCUCUGAGAAAGAGGCUCCAAUUGUCUAUCAACUCAACACGAGUCAAGAAAAGGAUCAACCCAACACAAGUCAAGAAAUGGAACAGGAAGAGAGCUGAACAAGAGGAUCCCUUGAACGAUAACAAGGUCAAGAAGCCCAAGAAUGCGUGA